AGCGUUAUCGAAUACCUGGAAAUACCAAUGAUCUACAGAGUGCAACACUUAUUCCUGUAUUCUAUUGGGUUCAAAAGUUGGCAGGGAAAAGUCAUAUCAAGAUGCUACAUCAGGUCUUGCCAGGCACGGUAAGGCGCAGAAAAGUCUCGUCGGUCUGAUCCUACUCAUCGUUAGCGUGUUAAUGACAGUUGCAGCAACAACGAUAGAAACAAUUCACGACAUGAAGGGAUGUUGUGGAUUGGGCUAUGACUAUUUAUGCAACUUCGAGAACAAAUUCAAAACUAAAAAACAAGACAUUGUAGAUCGUUCUCAUCAAGUGAAUAAGGGAAUUGAAAAAGCUAUUAACUUGAAGUCUAAAAUGGAAGAUCUGGCGAAAAGUAUCGGUGAAAUGUGGAAAGAGCUGGAGCGAAUCAUCAACUGACUGACUCUGGUAUCAAGGACUUGACUUGUCUCAAGAAUCUGAAAUACACAAUGACGUGUAGUUGAAGAUUGCCAAGACGGUGAUAGAAGGUCGGUUAGCGAGCUUUACACGGAAGACAUGGCAACCCACAACGCCAACUCUGCUGAAUGUCUUAACGAAUACGGCGAGCCCUACACCUCCAAGGACGACGUCAAGAGACAGCUACGAGAGGCAGCAAACUGCAAUCUCUCCAAACUGCAAACUCAAUAGUCUCCCAGUUAGAAUGUGUAUAUGUGAAAAGAAGGCAGUGAUGUCUGCAGUUCAGAUCGCCCGAGGAUUAAAGACAACCAUGAAUCUAUCUGUAUCCAAUCCUCAACGCAUCCAAGCAAUCAUGGAUACUUGUAAGGAAGAUCCAAGCUCGCAGCUGGCACCAAAAAAGAUUCAAGAUAUUUUGCGAAUGGAAACGCUCGGAAAUUACGGUUGCCGAUAUUGCAGAGUUAGAAAACGUGACAGAAGUGCAAGUAAACGCUGUGGAAUGUCCUGGGAUGGAUCUGUGAGAGAACCGUCACUUCGCAACAAUUGCAACAGAGUGAAAUAUGAGUUAGAUGGCAGACUGGGGUAUCAUGGGAUUCCGAUCGUCAUGGAGAUGGGCUCUGUUCAUCUGUUGUCUGGUAACCAACCACUAUCUGAUCUGCGCUACCUUAGCCUAUCCAGACCCGGAAAUCCAAGCAACAAUUGCACGAUACUACCGCGAAAAAUAUGGCGACCACUUCGACUAUGAAGAGGAUGACAGCCCAAAAGCCUCCGAAGGAAGCACUUCGCCGCACAGAAAUGGUACUUCAGGUCUCGCCAGACAUAGCAAAGCGCAGAAAAAGUUCUUUUUUAGUCUGUUCCUUCUCAUCGUCAGUGUGGUGACCGCUGUUGUGGCCACCACGGUUGAGACGAUCUAUGACAUAAAGGGAUGCUGUGGUCUGGUGGGCUACAAAUAUCUUUGCAACUUCGAGAACAAAUUCAAGAAUCGAAAAGAAGACAUCGUUGAUCGUUCUAAAAAAGUAGACGAAGGUGUCAAAAAAGCCUUGGGCUUUAAAAGUGGUAUGGAGGAACUCGCGAAAGACAUUGGAAAGAUGUGGAGCAGGCUAGAGGAAAUCCUUAGCCUUCAGAAACAAAUCCUGAAGACGAUCGACCCUAAAAUUGACGAAGCUCUUAACAUGAAAAUCAAGGCUAUCAAGCAAGAGGCGGAUGUGGAUAGUCUUACUCUGAACAAGCUGGACCAGGCCACGAACCCCACGAUAAGGAACCUUAAUAUUGCGGGGUCUUGGAUAUUUGGUCCCGGUCUCUCUGGUAUCGACCUUAUGUCUAGAAAAGCAUGGGAGAGAAUUAAGACAGGAAAGAUCUUCAAGUCCCUCAAGGCCGAUUACGCCACAAAGUUAUUUAAAGCCGCACCAACAAGGGUACAAAAUCUCCUGGGGUUUACAGAUGACGUAGCCAAAGGAUUUCUAAAAACAACUGCUAUAUCACGAUUUGGAGUAAAAUCUGUUAAAGCCAUGAAAUUCAUGAAGGUGUUGAAAGGCGCAGGCCCGGCCUUGACAAUUGUAAGCAUAGGUUUUGACCUGUAUAACCUCAUCAGUACGUUGGUUGGAUGUAGCAAAAAGGUGGGGCAAGCGAAAGACGCCAUGGCUAAACUAGAUAAUGCAGAGAAAGACUUGUCCUCCAAUGAACGGGAUCUAAGGGAACUAUUCGAUGAACUAAUAGAUUAUAGAAACAAUUACUUGAUCCCGAAUAUACGAUCCGAAGGACUUCAAAGGGCUCUAGAAGGAGUGUGGGAAAUCAUUAAUGGCAUUCAACGGUCGGUGAAAACAUGGGAUGCCCGUGGGUGCGUACGAAGGAUCCCUCAAUACAAACGUAUCCUUAAGUAUUCGAACAGCUCGCAGAGUAUUAGCACUGCCAUCAAUGAGUUCACCAACGGCUGCCUCAAGAAACUGACAUACACUAUGAGUUGCAGGCUGAGAACUCUGCGUAUGAUCCGGCAGGUGAUUGACAGAUGUCAAGCAGGCAAGCACAUUAGUAGGUUGUACGAGGAAGCCGUGACAACGCACAACGCCAACUCUGCUGAAUGUCUUAACCAUCACGGGGAGCCCUACACCUCCAAGGACGACGUCAAAGCAAGUCUCCGAAAGGCUGCGAGAGCACAGGGUUUCUCAGCACAAUGCAGGCUUAACAGACUAUCAGUUCAAAUGUACAUCUGCAAAAAUAAGGCCACUCAGUCUGCAGAGCAGAUCGCCCAGGGAUUAAAAACAGAAAUGAAUUUGUCUGUAUCCGAGCCGGAGAGAAUCCAAGUAAUCAUGGAUGCGUGCAAGGAUGAUCCAAGUUCGCAGCUAGAAUCAGUGAAGAUUCAAUCUAUUUGCGAAUGGAAGCGAUCGGAAAUUUCGGAUGCUGAUAUUGCAGAGUUAGAAAAGGUAACAGAAGAGCAAGUAAACGCCGUGAAGUGUCCUGGGAUGGACCUGUGAGGUUUUCUUGCAAAGCAUCAUUGGAAAAGCAAAAAGCAGAUUUUGAUAUUGACGAAUUGAAAAGAUCAGAAUUUUCCGCUGCAGACAUCAGUAGCGGCUCAAGGGGUGUGUGUGUGGGGGUGGGGGGGUGGGGGGUGGUAGGGGCUUAACCCCCUCCCCCCAAUUGGGCUGCCUGAAAGCCAUGUGUAACAAAAAAUACCCCCGCACCCUGUGUUACUGAGCCAAAUCCCCUUGUAGCGAAAAGCUAGAUCCGCCCCUGGUGUUCACAUUUCUGAAUUGAUCCGUCAGAUCUUACGAGGCAUUUUAUCAUUUAAAACUUGUGACGAAAAGAAAUAAAACAUCUGCUGUAACCAAAACUGUUACGCUUUGUAUGCCAACCGUCAAUAAACCGAAAGAGAGAACUGA